UGGCAGAAAACGAACCAGUAGUAUACAAGAUACAGAUCUCCAAAUGGGGUGGAAGUGCAACGGAACCAUUAUGUGAAAAUCCUGCUUCAAACUCAAACAAACCAUCAACUAUAAGAAUUCACACGUUGGACAAGAAAAUCAAAAGGCAAAACCUUAGCCAACCACUCCUUUCUGUGGCUCUAAACAUGCCUCCUCAUCAAUUUCUUUCACACCUUUCAUUCGUCACUACAAUCACCACAACCUCUUAAACACCAAAUCUCCAAUAUUUAUAGCAUCAAAAAAUCAUCAAAACAGAGGAAAAAUCUCCAACACAAGUUCUAAGCCCAAAAACAAGAACCUCAUCAAGAUUUCUUCUCCAAGAAGAAGCACUAUCUAGAGCCUAGUUAGCUAGCUGCUUACCUUCUUUUCUUCAAUGGCUACAUCAGUUUCUGCUUCUGCUUUUCUUGGGAGCUGGGGCAGUUCCGUGGCCGGGGAAGACCAUGCGAUGCUGCACGCCAAGGCAGCGCCGGCCCAGGUGAGGAUGGCACGGCCAGUUCGAGCACAGCCGAUGAUGAAGAAUGUUAAUGAAGGAAAGGGUGUUUUUGCUCCACUUGUUGUUGUCACGCGUAAUAUUAUUGGGAAGAAGAGGUUCAACCAGCUUAGAGGAAAAGCCAUUGCUCUGCACUCACAGGUGAUUACCGAGUUCUGUAAAUCCAUAGGAGCAGAUGCAAAACAACGACAAGGGCUCAUUCGACUAGCAAAGAAAAAUGGAGAAAGGCUUGGAUUUCUUGCAUGAAAGAAAUCAUGGCCAUAUUAUAUCAAUGUUUUCAUUAUCUCAAUAUACAGAUGUUUUAGAUUGUACUGAUAAAAUUCAGAAGCAUAUACCUUCUUCAGCUGAGUUCCCUUGUAAUCUGAGAUGAAUGUUUUGACUCAUUA